UGUUGAUGUUUAAUUUGAGUGCGGCUGCGCGCUGCUCAAUGCUUUCGCCGUUGCUGACGCGACUUGGCAGGGAAAAAGACAGUGUGAGCCCUCUGGCAGUGGGUAGCGACUCUGUCGAAACUGAAUAGGUAGCACGGCUCGAGAUAAAGUAUUAUUUGGGAACCUGCGAUAGUAAUUUAGCGACAAUCUUAAUCAGUGACUAACCAACCUCUCCCGUAUGUGAUCGCCCUUCCUCCUCGUCGGACGCUGCCAGCGAGGGCCAAGGAACAAAAUAGCAUAUCGCCAUUAUAUGAUCCAGUGUCCAGCGUCACUUUUACCCUCCAUGUGGGUGAGGGAACUGUGUGUUUCAGAUUAUGGCGAGAAAAACAGUUAGCAGGAAAAGGAAGGCAGGAGAGCCCAAGGACCAACAACAGCUGGGCUGGUGUCAGGCACCACACAAGCGGAGCCGUGUUUCUUGUUCAUCACGUCAUGACCAGCAGUGGUGGUGCAGUCGGCGCUCAGUGGUGUGUGCACUCCGGGGGCGGGAGUUCAGGCCUCAACAGCAGCAUGAGUUGCGGCUCCAGCGGAGCCUGCGGGGUUUUGCAGCCGGCAGGCUCCCUGGCAUCCUCAAGGAGAGGGAGUUCUCUCUGGGCAGGCUCAACAAGGUGUUCGCUUCACAAUGGCUCAACCACAGGCAGGUGGUGUGUGGGACCAAGUGCAACACGCUUUUUGUAGCCGAUGUCCUGACGGGGCAGAUAACGCGCAUUCCCAUGCUGAAGGACAGGGAGUGUGGCAGUGGUGGCUCUGGGGUUGUGGGUGGUGCAGUGGUGGCAGGGCGGCAUUACCACUCCACCACUGGCUCUCGUUCCCGGAUGGACCAGCAAGGCUGCGGGAUCCACGCUAUCGAACUCAACCCCUCCAGAACGCUGCUAGCCACCGGAGGAGACAACCCCAACAGCCUGGCCAUCUACCAGCUGCCCACACUGGACCCUGUUUGUGUUGGAGAUGAUGGUCACAAUGACUGGAUCUUCUCCAUAGCAUGGAUCAGCGACAACAUGGCGGUGUCUGGGUCCAGAGACGGCUCCAUGGGCCUGUGGGAGGUGACCGAGGAGGUAAUGAGCCAGGCAGAGCGCAGUCAGAAUGAGGAGUCAGUACCCUCCUACGCCCACAUCUCCCAUCGUGCCCUCAAGGACAUCCCGAAGGAGUACACCAACCCAUACAACUGCAAAGUCCGGGCUCUGGCCUUCAACAACAACCAUAAAGAACUGGGUGCUGUGUCCUUGGACGGCUAUUUCCACCUCUGGAAAGCUGAGCACAACUUGUGCAAGAUACUGUCCACCAAGCUGCCUCACUGCAAAGAGAAUGUGUGUCUGGCGUAUGGGCAGGACUGGUCGGUGUAUGCCGUGGGUUCUCAGGCCCAUGUCUCCUUCCUGGAUCCACGGCAGCCAACACACAGCAUCAAGUCUGUUAAUUCAAGGGAAAGAGGAAGUGGGAUCCGUUCAGUGAGUUUCUACGAGCACAUAGUGACAGUGGGCACCGGCCAAGGUUCUCUUCUCUUCUACGACAUCCGGGCCCAGAGAUUCCUGGAGAACCCUUUGAAUCCAGCUGGGGGCUACCGGAAGUGCCCAGGAGAUGGCAUCCUCAAGCUCACUACAGGGAAAGGCUGGCUGAAUCACGACGAGACGUGGAGGAGUUACUUCUCAGACAUUCAUUCCUUCCCCAACGCAGUGUACACCCACUGCUAUGAUGACUCCGGCACCAAGCUGUUUGUAGCAGGUGGCCCUCUCUGUUCCGGCCUGCACGGCAACUACGCAGGACUGUGGAGCUAGCCUCUCCGUCUCCUCCAUCACUCUGUCGCCACAUCCUCGUCCAGAUUUUUACUGAACCAGUCCCUCCAUCCUUCUGCCUCUUCUGGUCCGUUGACAUCACCGUCUUUGGUAUCCUCUCUUGCUCAUUGAAUUGUCACUCUGUUUUGCUCACACGUGGACUCAGGAGCAUGAUCUUGCCCCCACCCGUAUCACGGCUUUGACUAUCGUUGUUGUGUAUGUUUGUGUCCACCAUCACUCUAUCCCUUUCCCCUGAUUAUUCCUUUGCUCCUACCGCCUCAACUACUCAGUUUGUUUGUUUUUUUUUAAUAUCAAAUGUACAAACUAUUAACUAGUAAUUUUCUCAAAAGCUGCAAAGUCUGCCACUAAAGAACUCAGAGUUUUGAGAAACAUAAAGAAUAAAGUAAUACGUGUUCUCAGCAUCAUUUAAGACAUUCACAUCCAACACGCAGGGAUUAGGCUAUGGUCUUUUUGCUGGCUUGUUUUGUAUGUAAGGAUAGUGUUAACUGCUGCUUCCUCUGUGAUGAAUGACAGUGUCUUUGUGAAACAGCUGUGGGAGCUUUUUCUCCCAAAAGUUCCUUUUUGUUCUUUCACUGAACUGGACGGCAAUAAAACAUGAAACGGGAGGGAGAGAGUAA